AUCGCAAAAUUUUCAAAUCUAUUCCGGCGCUACUAAAACGUUCUAGUAUUAUUUUUAUUACUUUUCCACUAUAUGAGACACAUUUGUUCAGUUUCUAGUGAAAAUAAGCAAGUGAAAGAAGAAAAUUUCCAACUAUAAAAGAAAGCUUUUAUUUCAUUAUACGAUACUGAGCAAUCUCGAUUUAUCAGGAUCCUCGAUUUAACGAAGAUGAAGAUCCAUAUUAGUGUUCCUCUCUUUAAUCUAGCGAUUUUCUUCAGUUUUAUUGAAAUAAGUUCACAGUACAAUACGGAUUCUCUUGGGGAGCAGUAUGUGGAUCUUCCAAUUGACAUGGGCCUCUGGUACAAUAUAAGCAAUAAUGGAAAGGUAGACAUAAAUAAUAAGGAAAAUCAAAAGACUCUUGGACUACUGGACGGUGAUUUAAUGGUUUGUGUAUUAGAAGUAUUAAAAAAUGGAGUAAAAAUGGUACGUGCAUUAAUGAAAGGCGACGAAAGAGUUAAGGUUGAAUUUAAUAAUUAUGACGUUUAUGAUGAUGAUGACGCAUCCUUAUAUCAACUCGAUUUUGACAAAGAACUUCCCAAAAAAAAUCAAUAAAAUUUCCCACUGUUUACCCUCUUUGAUGUCGACACCGGCCCUCGCUCAAGGAGAAACCAAUUUAUUCACCCCCACUGUGAUAUAAUACAAAAAAAAAUCGACAGUAAUUUUGAUAAUUUAUAGACAUUGUCUAUAUUUAAACUAUGUUUUAUGUCUAUGAUUAAAUAAAAUCACUGUUGAUUAAUAUUAGUUUCUAGUUUUAGUAUUAUAUCAUAGUAGGAAAAAGAGGAUAUAUUGGUUUAUUGGUUACGUGGAAUUAUUUACAAAUUAUUAAACGGAUUACUGGUUGCUAGAAAAAAAAUUUGGCACAGCGGCAGCGCCAGCUACUGCAGGCUGGGUCGACUCCCAUGGGCGCGUUUGACCACGUAUAGCGAAA